AUGAAAGCUGAUUUCAUAACACAGUGCCAGUAUAAAUCAAUCGACCAGUUUAUCGCUGAGAAUGAAGAGAACUGCGUGAAAAUUUGCAAAGUUAUCCGCGAAGCUGUAAAAAAACGAGGUGCAGAUGGAGUCAGGGAGACAAUCGUUCUUGGAAAGAUCAAAACUCUCUACGAGAAAAAUAAGAUGUAUGACCCAGAGGAGGUGCUCUUAUCAGUAUCCAGGCAAAUUGAAGCUCUCUCGAAACUGGGCUUGAACGCGGUUUUUGAAAAAACAAAAGAAGCAAACAAGGAUUAUGUGGUUUUUACAUGCCGAGAUCCUGUUGAUGAUAAAAUAAUGGAGUAUCCUGGCAAGUUCGAUAAAUGCAGACACUGGGCAUGUUUCGAUUUGAAGUCAUUCCUGAUUCGCAAUAAGGGCGAACUCAGGAAGCAGCGGCCUUUUCUGAAAUGUCCAGUCCCCAAUUGUCAGUUCAAAACGACUAAAGUUUCCAAUCUACAACUGUGCUCAUUCAUCCAAGAGGUCAUAACUAAAUUGAACAAACCGGAGAAAAUACAUUUCUUCAAGAACGGAACCUACGUUGAUCCCUCUAAAACAAAACCUGAUCAGGCAGUGAGAGAAGAACCAAUAGAUGAGCAGCCAAACAAUACCUUUUCAGAAGAGGAAUCAUCUUUUACAGAUCCGGUUCCUGAGGUAGAAAAAUCUACAGCCGAAGCUCCUGCGCCUGCAGCUGCUCCUGUAAUAACCGUCAAAGCGGACCCAGAUGCUCAGAUACCUGUCCCUCUUGCGACUUCAACUCAACAACCAGUCGAUUCUUGCGUCCCAGCACUUUCUAAGAAGCGAAAAAUGUCAAAAGAUAUUGUCCUUUCAGAUUCAGAAGAAGUCGACAACACAACAACUGUGCAACAGAGUCAAGAGGUGUCCCUGAAUGAUCGGAUUCUUGAAGAAGCAAAUCCUGAUCAACUUGUUCUGUCUGAUGGAGCAGCCGAUAUUUUAUCCAUUGACAAAGAAAACUACGUUCCUUGUGCUAAAGAUCUGGAAAUUCAGAAGCUCAGAGAACUCGUUCGCGAUCUUCAAGAUUCGAACUCACUGAAAACUGAAGAACUCAACAAUGCGCAAGAAGAAUUGCAUAAAAUUAAAGCAAGUGAAUUGGCGAUGCGCAAGAAAUUCAUGGAAAGCCAGCGCGACAAUUCAAAGAAAAGGAAAGAGUUGAGAACUCGUGAAAGAGAACUGGAGGCCAAAGUUGAGAAACUGGAAGAGGAGCUUAACAAAAGAUCGACUGAGGAUGAUGAUGAAGUCAGGGCAGAGCUGGCUAUUGCGAAUGCGAAAUUGAAGAGGUUUGAAGCUGAGCGCGAGCAAUUAGGUUCGCUACUGAAGGAAAGCACGAUGAUCAUGCAACUAGUUGGCGUCAAAGAAGAGCCCGUGCCACCUGCUGAAAUUCAUGAUUCAGAAGAUGAAGUUAUCGCACCAGCAAACACAAGCGUCAUCGAAAUCGACUAA